AUGCGUCCACCAUCUUUACUUCGUAUUACAACGAAUCCAGCUGAAUGGUUAUCUUCCACUGAUCAAGUUCUUCUUGCAAAUAUUUUCAAUGCAUAUGAAAACACUUGUAUAGUAGCAAGAAAUACAACCUUACAAAAUUUCCCUGCUGUUCAACAUACAUCUAUACAUGGAUUUGUCAAUGAAAUGUCUUCUGAAUUCCAAGUGUCUAUAGAAUAUUUAAAACUUGUACCUCAAUUUAAUAAUCUCAUCUUGGAUGAUAGAAUACGUCUUAUAAGAAAUCAUAUCGGUACGAUAGUUCAUAUAAAUGAACCUUUAAUGCAUCCAGUGGCACCUGUUAAUCUUGUUAUCACAUGGACUAAUAUUUUCAGUCUUGAUAUAACCAAACGUUUAUUAACACGUCAUGAAAUUAUUGAACAAUAUCUUUUUGAUCCUAUUAUAUUAAGAGUUGUUCUCAUUAUUCUUGUACUUUCAAGUAGUAAUUGUAGAAAUAUUGAUCAUACAGAUAUGGAUCUUAUUUGUGAUGAUUCAUUAUCUAUAUUUGCAGCUCAAAAUAUAUAUAUUGAACUAUUAUGGAAAUAUCUUCUAUCACGUUCACCAAAUGAAAAAUCUGCAGUGAAAUUUUUCAAUAAAUUAAUGAUGUAUAUAUUAUUUGCACAAAAACUUCAUUUGGAAAUAGAUGAUUAUGUUGAUAGUUUAAAAGAUGAAAUCCAACAAAUGGAACCAAUGAUGCAAAGCAUGUGGCCAAGAACAGAUGAUCAAGAAGAUAUGCAUGAUAUGACUAUAGCUCAGGAUAUUACUUUGUGA